CGGGACACCCACCACACCUGGACGACCUGCACCCUGAUAUUAAGGUAGUCUACCUUCCACCUAACACUACCUCUAUCAUCCAACCCAUGGAUCAAGGUGCUUUUGCUGCUUUUAAAGCGUAUUAUUUUCGUACGAUCUUCGCUCAGGCUAUUGCUGCUACUGACAGUGAGAAAACACUCAGGAGAGUUUUAGAAGGACUACAACAAUUUGCAUGUACAAAGAACAUAGCUGCAGCAUGGGAUGAGGUUACAGGUCAGUGCAUGAAUGGAAUAUGGAAGAAGGUCCUGAAAAGAUAUGUGAACAGUUUCAAAGGAUUUAAUGAAGAUGAAGCAAUUUCUGAGAUUAUUAACAAGAUAGUGCAGAUGGGGUUGAGAAGCCUUGGGAGAACUUGGUAGCCUUGGGAAAAGAACUUAGUAUAUCAGCAGGAACAUCCAAAACUUUCAUUUCGCUGAUACGCCAGUGACCUAGAACACACAACAUAAUGUUGUGCCGGUGGAGUAGGCUAUAGUUUUCGCUCAUUCUUUUCGAUGUAUUACGGUUAGGUUAUUAGUAUUCGCGUCUACUUUUUAGUUGGUGCUUGUAUGUGUUAGUUGGUUCUAGAUAUCCCCUGCCCUCUAUGUGUAUGGAAGCUUCAGACAGCUUGGGCAAGUUGUGGAAGCGUCCGCGAAUCCGCUAGAAGCGCAUGUGUAUUAGUGCAUAUUGGUAGAGACGAGCAGGGUAUUUAAAUAGCGGAGGCACCCGUCUCGAGUCAGUCAGUAUCAAACCAGCCUGUCACUAGUCACGCAGUUCCUGUACCAUUGCUACUGAUAUUUUUCUCAGCUGUAGUAACUGGGUGAGUUAAAAAUUAAUUGAUCAUGCACAGUUAUGCUUAAUUGUAAUAUUUUACGGAUUUACGUGUGUGUGUGUGUGUGUAACUUAGUAAGUUGAGUUACAAUAUUGGAUACUUUUAACAGCUCUGUUUAUUGCUGAUGUUUCUUGUAUAUUUUGUAUUUACAGAUCUGAAUCCAUGGCAAAAAGGCGCAAAUACUCGGAAGACUACCUCAACAUUGGCUUCACCACAGUGCUCGCCAACAAUGCCGUCGAGAAACCAGAAUGCGUCUUGUGCGAUGUUGUUCUGAGUGUGGAGUCGAUAAAACCUUCGAAACUCAAGCGUCACCUUGAGACGAAGCAUCUGGAACAUGCAGAGAAGGAUUUGGAGUUCUUCAAACGCCAUGAGCUUCGUCUCAAACGUCAAAAGCUCAAUGCUAGUGGGUCUUUUCAGCAACAGAGUGCAGCAGCAGUGGAGGCCUCUUAUGAAGUUGCAUUGGAAAAUGCCAAGCCAAAAAAGCCUCACAUGAUUGGAGAAACACUUAUCAAACCCUGCAUGUUGAAGAUGGUGAAGCUCGCUCUCGGGGAAGAUAGUGCGAAGAAGAUGCAGUAAGUAUCUCUGUCGAAUAAUACUCUUCAGAGGCGUAUUUCUCAUAUGUCUAUGGAUGUGAAAGAGCAGGUUUUGGAUGAAAUCAAAGCUUCUCCGUUGUUCUCCUUUCAACUCGAUGAAUCAACAGAUGUGAGUUCAUGUUCUCAGUUGCUUGUCUUCAUGAGGUACAUUCAUUCAUACAUCAUCAAAGAAGAAUUCCUGUUCUGUGGUGCACUUGAAACCACUACAACAGCUGAUGAUGUCAUGGAAAAGGUCUCUACCUUUUUUCAUACCGAAGGUUUGCAAUGGGGAAACGUGUGCGGGGUUUGUACGGACGGAGCACCAGCUAUGCUAGGAUCACAGUCAGGAAUCCAGACAAGAGUGAAGAAGCUGGCUCCCCAAGGUAAGGGCAUCCACUGCAUGAUCCAUCAUUAUGGUCUCGCCUUAAGACCCUUCCUGCCUCUCUGCCAUUAGUGCUCAAUUCUGUGAUCAAAAUUGUGAAUUACGUGAAGGCUGGAGCACUCAACACUCGUCUAUUCAAAGAACUCUGCAAAGACAUGAGUGCUGACCAUGAGGUCCUUCUCUUCUACUGACCAUGAGGUCCUUCUCUUCUACACGGCUGUAUGUUGGUUGUUGAAAGGGAACAUUAUGAAUCGUGUCUUCGAGAUGAAAGACAAAAUCAGGCUCUUUCUGGAAGUGCAAGAAAAGAGAGAUCUUCUGGCUCACUUCGAUGAUGAAACGUGGAAUAAAAGGGUUGCGUAUCUGGCGGACAUUUUCGACCAGCUGAACAAGCUGAAUUUGAAACUUCAGGAAAGGGAAACACACGUUCUCCUAUUUCAAGACAAUCUACGCGCCUUCAUAUCCAAAUUGCAGAACUGGAGUCAGAAAAUCAAUUUUGGGAACCUCGCCAUGUUUGAAAAACUCUGUGGAGUGAUGGAUGAGUCUGAGGGCGAACUAGAUCAGUUCCUGAAGGAUGAGAUUGCCGGAUUGCCGGACACCUAGAAUCCCUAGAAAAGAAAUUCCAGCGAUACUUCCCUGAGCUCACAGGAGAAGAGGAGGCACUGGUAAGACACCCUUUCUCUGCUACACUUGACGUAUCCAGCAUCCCCGACGAAGUCCAAGAUGAAUUCUUGGAUCUACUGAACGACUUCGGCGCAUGACCUGUUCCAGGAGAAUCGGUGACUCAAUUCUGGUGCUCUAUGCAUCAGUCAUAUUCCAAAGUCAGCAUGCUGGCCUUACGUGUUCUUCUUCCAUUUGCCUCCACCUACCUCUGCGAGGCCGGAUUUUCAACCCUAGUCCACAUCAAAUCAAAGACCAGGAACAGAUUGGAUGUCGAGGAUGACAUGAGAUUGGCUCUUACAAACACCCCACCACGAAUUCCAAGACUCGCUUCUCAGAUGCAACCCCAACCAUCCCACUUGCUAGGUUGGAGAGAUGAUGUAAUUUAUGUUUAUGUUAAUAAAAUAAAAAAAAAUUUAAUAAUUGAUAAAUCAAUGAUUGUUUUCUCUUUC